UGUACGCUUGUCUUGUGUCAAUUGUCAUUAAUUGUCAACGAGUGGUCCUUUCCAAACCUAAUUGUUGGAGUGCCAACUAUAAUUUCAGUAAAAUACGCAUAACUUUUGAAUAAAAUGGGUUCCAAAUUACAAGAGUACAGAGAUACAAUAGAGCGCACUCUGAACGACAAAAGCACACCAUGGGCGAAGUAUUUUGAACUGGCUGAGCAGAAAACCGGCGUGAAUAGAGUUUAUCUGUUCGUCGGUCUGGUGGCGUUCACGGGUUUAUAUUUAGUGUUUGGUUUUGGCGCGGAAUUGAUAUGCAAUUCGAUUGGAUUUGUAUAUCCAGCCUAUAUGUCCAUGAAAGCAUUGGAGUCGACAUCCAAGGAUGAUGAUACGAAAUGGCUAACUUACUGGGUGGUGUACGCAUGCUUCUCAAUUGUGGAGUAUUUCUCUGACUUCAUUGUGGGCUGGUUUCCGCUUUACUGGUUAAUAAAGUGCGUUUUCAUCAUAUGGUGUUACUUGCCCAUUGAGUUCAACGGCUCUCUGAUCAUCUACCACCGCAUCAUCCGUCCGUACUAUCAGAAGCACCACGGCCGUAUCGACAAUAUGGCUGCCUCCGGAAUAAACAAUGUUGAUAUUGUGGCUGGGAUGAAAAUUGUCAAUGAAUCUAUUAAUGAUAUACGCAAGUCAUUCAAGGAUCUACACAAAGAUUAAGUAUCCCUCACGCUUGGUGUCUGAUGCAAUCAGGAAGGACAACUAAAUUUAUUUAUAAAAUCGGCGAAAGUACAAACUUUGUACGCUUUAUACACUAGCUUCAGCACAACGUUAGGCAUUUGUAAAAUAAAUAAAAUAUAAUCUAUGGUAAAAUAUUUUGAAUGUUUCGAAUUUCACAGUUAUUUUUAGUAUGGCAAAUAAUAUACGGACCAAUAACAUGGUAUUGCACCGAUAGUGCGCUAAGACUCAAGUAUAGUACCCACGGCAUUACCAGGAUAUACCAGGUUAUCAAAAACUUUGAAGCGUUCAAUCGCGCCCGGCAGCGGCGCGUGACAGUCCAACGCAAUUUGGGUCAAAAGUUUGUAUUAUUAUGAGUCUGCGCUCAUACGGUGCAUCGCUCUAUCGUUUUAUUGAAUUGCUUUAGAAUCUAUGAUUGAGAGCGUUUAGUACUGUUAUCUAAUUUAAGAAUUUCAAAAAGAGUUUUCUUGCCACUAUAUAGUCGGUACAAAUUCUAUUUUUUAAUUUAUAAACGUGUAAUGGACCGAAAAAUUAGAGUAUCUUUUUCAAUUUGAAAAUGGAAUACAAUAUCGAUACAGCUGAUAGCGGUGUAUAUGAACAAUAUACGAAACAAUAACACAAGCAUCGUUUACAUUUCGUUAGGGUCUUUUAAAUUACAAUCUGAGCACUUUUACAUAUAUUUUUUAAAUAUAUUUCCUCAUUGUCAAUAUUAAAACUAUUUUCGUUUUUAGAGUCAAUGCUACAAAAAAAACGCAUGUAUAUAAAGGCCUAAAGCUAAUUGUUUAAAUUUGUACUUUUUAAAACAAACCAUGUAUUGUUUUUAUGUCCAUGUAGGUAUUAUUAAAUAUGUAUUUUUUAAUCGUGUUCUUUUUUACACUUUUCUUAGACUCAAAUUCUUAGUGUAAUUGUUUUUGGCCGAUGUCUUAAGGCUUAGAAGCUAAGUAAAUGUCCCUUUUAGUUUGUUAUUGUCUAUUUUAAGAUGUGGAACAAUGAAUUCUUUAUUCAAACAAUGAUUUGCUCAAGGAAUGUUAGUAUUUUUGUCUGUUGUUUAUUUUUUCUCAGUUAUAGUUAGAGUAAUGUUAGUUUUCUAAUAUUCUCAAAAUGUAACCUUAAGUAUUGCCAUAAAUACGAGCUUUUUUAACGACUCGAAAGUGUUACCAACCUACCAUAACUAUCAUUUAAUAUUUAUUAAAUAUAAUAAUUUCAGACUACAAUUUUUGACGUAAUAUGAAAUUAUGUAGUUAUAUCAGAAUGAAACCCCCAACGUUGCCAUUAAUGUUGUUUACAACAUUUUUCAUAUCCGUGCUUAUGGUGUAAAUCCAGGUUGUGCCUUUUAUAGAUCGUCUGUAUUGUAUUCACUCAAGGAAUUGUUAAACUUGUCAUUUUUUCACGUAAUAAAAUGGGAUUCAUUGUA